GCAUCAGUAGUUCAGUGAGUCAGACAGCCCUUCUCUCGGGCUCAGAUCUACACCGGGAAUAUUUUACACCACACAGCCGCCUCGCACAGUAUCUCCUGGACUUCAAUGUUGUCCACAAAGCUCAAACGGACUAACUAAUGCAAAAAAAACUGAAAAACAAUGGAUAAGCGAAACUGCAAACCUUUUAUACACACUUUCGUUUCAUAUUCAUUGACGAGUAAGUAGGAUCUUUUUUUUUUUCCUUUUUGCAGCGCGGUGCACAGACCCUUUCCUGGAAUAUGCUUGCUUGAAAUCGGCCCGAUUAUAUCAGUUUCAACUACUGCAGUUUGUAAGAAUGAGCGUGCAGUGGCUUCAGAAUCCGGUACCGGGAAGACACGGACACAAGCGCUUUGACACAGACGAGCCUGUGACCAGAUGCCCGCGGCUCAGCGAGUCCUCGGCUGAUGCGGGUCUCCUGGGCUCCUCACCGGGAUCCCCGUUAACCGGAGCGCCUCUGAGCCUCACUUCAGCCCACCAGGGUCCCGCUCGAAUCGGCCAGUUCCUGCUCGUGCCCCUGACCGACCGACCGGGGGUGCACAGCGCUUUGGACAUGGACACGGGAGAGGAACUGCUCUGCAAGGUGUUUGAUAUGGGCCAUUACCAGGAGAAAAUAAGAGCCUACAGCAUGCUGUCAAGUCAUAAGAACAUUGCACUGAUCAAAGACAUAGUUCUUGGGGAGUGCAAGGCGUAUGUGUUCCAAGAGAAGGAUUUUGGCGACAUGCACACCUUCGUAAAGAGCAGCAAGAGGCUUCCCGAAGACCUGGCUUCCAAGCUUUUCUACCAAGUGGUGUCUGCAGUGAACCACUGUCACCAGGCUGGCGUCGUUUUGGGAGACCUCAAGCUCCGCAAGUUUGUGUUCUCAGACGAGAAAAGGACCCAACUGAAAUUAGAGGGUCUGGAGGACUGCCAUAUCCUGUGCGGAGAGGACGACUCGAUGUACGACACGCACGGCUGCCCUGCAUACGUGAGUCCCGAGAUCCUGAACGGCGGAGGGUGUUACUCGGGCAAGCAUGCGGACGCGUGGAGCCUCGGCGUCAUGCUGUACACCAUGCUCGUGGGCCGCUACCCUUUCCACGACCCGGACCCCGCAACUCUGUUCUCCAAGAUUCGCCGGGGCACGUACUGCCUCCCCGACGGGCUGUCUUUAAGGGCGCGCUGCCUACUCCGCAGUCUGCUCAGAAAGGACCCCGGCGAGAGACUGACCGCAGCCGAGGUCCUCAUUCACCCGUGGUUCGAUGGCAACACGCAGGACCCGGCAAGCGCAGAACAGCAAGCCAACCUCAGAGAACAGACAGUGCCCCAGAUAGAAAUGGAGCAGGAUGAGGAUCUUUUCUCCUGAGGAAACCGAUAUAGCUUGAAUACGGACCAAAACCGUUGGUUACCUUGGUGUUUCGUUUUUUUAUCAUUUGGUUUCUUAUAUGGAUUUUGUAAUAGAUUCAGAAGUAUACACUCGGUGAAUACUCACUCAAAGUACUGUAACGUCUGUGUCAGGUUUAAGGACGGUGUGCACAACAGCCGGUGCAUUUUGAAGUCGUUUGCUGGCGAACCGUUCUUGUGCUGUAUGAAGUGAACGGGGCCGGGCAUUAUGGGUCACGUGAGAAUUAGAGAAUGUGAGAACUAACCUCGGCCUAAGAGCCAGACCUGUGGUUGUCCACAAGAAAAAAACGAUGUAAGUUGACUCACCAGGCGCAUGUCUUUUAAUGGGAGGGGAAUGAAAGCCAGAAGAAUCUUGACACAUACGUACAUACGUAUGGAGGACUUGAAGUGCAGCCUAAAAAAUACAGCGAAGAAACAAUUAUCAGUUCAUUUGAUAAAAAAUAAUAAUAAUUAUUACAAAUGAAACAGCUUGACUUGAAGAAUAAAGACUGUCUUUUGAGAGACAAUAUCUUUAUAUGCAAUUUUAAAACUUUGCAGGAUGUUUUCAUUCACUUAGAGCUAUGUUAAACACUUUAAAUAUAGCAAUAGACAACUCAUUUAUAAAUAGUUUUUAAAUGCAAAGUUGUUUCGUCUAAAGCGUUUAAAGCAACAGCUAAUUGCUUUUCUUUAUUCUUUUAUUUUUUACACAUCGGCCACCGUUGCGCAUCAAGGGGUGUGCAUCCUAAAAUUAUGCCAAAAGCUACCUAUUAUGAACUAUCCAAUUAUAUUUUCAAAAGAAUAAGCAAAACAAUUGGCAAAUGUCUUAAAGUAUUAAAGUUGAAUUAUUUAUGUUAAUAAUUAAAAGUAAUAUUUGGUUUCCUACAUUUAUAAUUAAAAAAAUACCAGUAAUUAAGUCUAUAUUUGUUUUGUUUUUAUAAAUGAAAUUGGUAAUUGAAUUCUUCACUUAAUUGUUUAAGUGGCACUUGGUCUUACAUGCUAUAAGCUAUUUUAAACCACACACACUGUGUGCUGUUCGGACUUAAGCCUCUCAGAAUUGCCAAACUGUACAUAAGAGCCAUUCAAAGGUCAAAUGUCACUCAUUGACCUUUAAGACUCUGUGACAACCAAGGGAUCACCGUUACAAACAGAUUCUUAAAUGUUCAGGAUGAGCUUCUUACAGACUGAUACAAAGUGUUCAUUUUUUUUCUGCUGUAUCCUGAUCUCUCUAGUUUUUCUAGUCACAGUUUCCUUACUUGAAUCCAAGCAACCUCGUAAAAGCGCGAGGCUUCAGUAUGGCAGGCCAGUUCAUACUGCGGGUAAGAUAUAAUAUGACUCAACAGCUGGGCGUUGGUGUAUCGAAGAGGAAAGGGCUAUGAACCCAGAUUAGUGCGCUCAGUGUGACUACAUAUAUCUGUGUAGCUUUACUUUCACUUUAAAGAGAGGAGAACAGUACUACGGCAGCACUACCGUAAGGGUAGAGCGUCCUAUACAGGUCUGUUUUCCGCUUGCCCUUGCGUUGGGGGUUGUAUGUUACCUCUGAAUCCGUGCAUAAUGGUGAUACGCGACGUUUAUGGUUUUCGAAAGGCUCUUUAUGAGCGAAGGCCGGAGGGUAUGCAAAAUGCCUGUCUCAUGCAUGCAACACAUGGGGAAAGCUGACACGAGUGCACAGAGUUCAUAUUGCACUGUGAAUUAUGUAUUUGUGACACAAACCUCAAGGCUUGACCACAAGGGUUUAACGGUUGAAAUUCAUUGUACAAAUGAGCAUUUGUAAAUAUGUACAUCUUAAGUGUGUGAACAAAACUGAAUAAAGAUUACUCUUUCUUAUUUA